CGGAUUGAAACGCAUGGGGUUGUCAGCAAGUUGGUUGACAUAUGUACGCCAGCGAGUUGGAAGUCGCAGCAGCAUAAGACGAAACCAUCCGUCCACAGCCAGUUGCGAGUGCCCCGCGCGCCCCCCUCGCUGCCAGGCCAAAGUAGAGGCGGCCAUCGCCAAAGAGGAGGCGGAGGAGGGCAAGGUCAUCGCCGAGGAGGAGGCGGAGGCGCCAGCAUCGGGGGAGGCGCCCGGCGCUGGCGCCGAGGCAGAGGCCGAGGGCGGAGAGCACGAGGGCAACGACGGCGUCGAGGACGACCUGGACCUGAACGAGAGCGUAGAAGCCUUGCAGGCGCAGCUGCGGCCAUCGCAGGCCUCCCGUCGGCUGGUCGUGGAGCUGCCGAGGGAGGGGGUGAAGAGCGUCGGCGACGACGACGGCGAGGGGACUGCCGCGGAGCCCAGCAAGGACGUGGCGAGGAGAGAGAUAGAAGCGAAGAGUGAGGACGUGGACCCUGCGGCCAUCAGGUCUCUCCGCCACGCGGUAGACGAGCUCGAGUACGCCGCCGACCAACUCGACGCCGGCCGCCAGGGGCCGUGGGCCUCGCACGGCGGGGGGCCGCUGCUGCAGGCAGAGGACCCCCUCUGGGAGGUGCGCCCCGGCGCCUGCCCGCUGCUGCCCGGCGCGGCCGCGCCCACGUGGCCGGCGCCGCGGCGGGUGGGCAGGCGGGCCGC